AUGGCACUAAAAAUAUUGGAAGAUGACCUCAAGCGUGCAGAAACUAAUGAUGCACUUGGGCUUGACCACAAACUUGCGCAAACUGAUGAUUUUCUUGGAGUUUUGGCUCGAAAACCUUACGCAUUUAUUGACAGAGAUCCACAUUUUUUCCCAAGAAUCUUAAAGUCGUGUUUCGGAGAACAUGUGAAAGAAAGGGAAAGUGAAGCCAUGCAGUUGCUUAAAAUAAUUUGGAAAAACAUAUUGGAAAUGUCUAAAGAAGAUGUUGAUAAAAAACUUAGAGGCCCCCCUGACCCAGUGAAGAAAGACGAAAAGGGAAACGUAAUUGCGAAGCGAACAUACUCUUCCCGGGUGCUAUUUGUUGCUGCAGAGAUGGGAAACACAAAAUUUGUGGUAGAGCUCAUUCGUCAGUGUCCGGAUCUCAUAUGGAAGAUAAAUGAUAAUAACCAAAGCAUAUUUCACAUUGCUGUGUCUCAUCGUCAUGAGAGUAUCUACAAUCUAUUACAUGAGAUAGGGUCUAUGAAGGACCUGAUAACUCCUUUAAAAGAUCCAGAAGGAAAUAACAUGUUGCAUUUAGUUGGGAAGAAUGCAGAAAAAAAUCGACUUCAUGUUGUAUCAGGUGUCGCCUUUCAAAUGCAAUGGGAAUUGUUGUGGUUCAAGGAAGUUGAGUCUAUGAUCCCUCCUUCUUAUAGGGAAAGGAAGAAUGCAGCUGGAAAAACACCACGUGAGUUAUUCACUGAGAAUCACAAAGAACUAGUUUCCAGAGGUGAACAGUGGAUGAGAGCAACUACUAAUCAAUGCAUGGUGGUUGCUGCUCUCAUAGCCACCAUAGUAUUUGGAGUAGCUUUUUCGAUUCCGGGUGGGUAUGAUCAAAAGAAUGGUUUCCCUAUGUUUAUCCGCAAAGAGAUCUUCAUUGCAUUUGUCAUAUCAGAUGCUAUCUCUUUGAUCUUCUCUUCAGCAUCAAUCCUCAUGUUCUUAUCUAUCCUUCAGCUUCUUUGGGCUUUAUCAUAA